GUGUGACCCCAGGUGUGUCUCCCGCCCCCAGGUAGGUCUCCCGGAGCCGCAGGUGAAGCGCUGCGCCGCCCAGGUGUCCUCAGCCCUGUCUUACCUGCACGGCCACGCCCUGGUUCACCGUGACCUGAAGCUGGACAAUGUCCUGGCCUUUGACCCCGAGUGUCACCUGGUCAAACUCGGCGACUUCGGCCUCACGCGGGUCCUGGGCUGGCAGGUGCGGCCCCCGCGAGGCCCCGCCCCUUACGCCGCACCUGAGCUGUGGCACCUGCGCUCAGGUGAGGCCUGGCUGAGGUUGGAGCCCGCUCAGGACACCUGGGCCUUCGGGGUGCUGCUCUUCGCGCUGCUCACCGGCGCCUUCCCCUGGGCCUCACCUGAGCGCUCCGACCCCGCCUUCCGCCGCUUCCGCGCCUGGCACGGCCGCACCUGCGCAGUAGUGAGGUGGGGACACCUGGGCAGGUGA